ACUAAGAAAAUCUGUAAUUUUUUUUUUUUAAUUAUUUCAUCAUUUCUAAACUAAACGUAGGAAAAAUACAAAAAAUUAAUGUUAAAUAUUGGCCUUAAGUUUAAUAUUCCACUAAAAUUCUUAAAAAAUGGAACAACAACAACAAAUUAUCGAACGUUUACAACGCAUAUUUGAAACUUUUCUCCAGAAAGAUUUCGCCACCACCAGCAAUGUUUACUUUGAAAAGCUUAUAACACAUUUAGCGGAUAAAGAAAAUCUUUAUGUGUUACAAGCACCCUUUGCCAUGGAUUGGGUUGACAAGUGUAUUACGUUAUUGAAUGAGGAUUUUACCAAGGUGAAUCCAAAAGUCACCUCAUUUAUGUUGAAUUUUUGUAGUCUUUUAAUGCAAAACGAAUGGAUUUUAAUAAAAUUAAAAGAAAGGAAUAUUAUGGAUCGUGCACUUGUCAUUAUCGAAGGCAAUCGGCAUCGUUUCAGUCCCUCCAUAAAACUCGGCUUUAUACGUCUUUUAGCCGCCGUUUCACGCUACAGUUUGGGCUUAGCCUAUAUACGCCUAAAACAAUGCUGGCAUUUCCUUAUCGAGCUAUGCAAUCGUGAUCACACUAUGUAUGUGGUAAGAGAGGCACGUCAGCUACUCUACGAGCUCUUGUAUAAAUUUUCCGUUAAAGCUAAAGAUGAAAAAGUAGUUUUGGAAAUGUUAAGCGAAAUUAUAGAGCCCAUUAAGGAAAAUGUUUAUAAAGAAGGCAGUGAUAAGAUAAUGAUUAAUGUAGAUGAUACAGAAUUGCAGCACAGAUUAUCUUCUAGUUUGGACUUAUUAUCCUAUAUAUUCGAACAAACCUUAGAGUCGGAGGAGAAAACAAAUAUCACACAUUUGUGUAGAAAUUAUCAUAAUUUAGAAUUAACCAUAUGGAAACUGAUAGAAAUGACUCAAAAUCGUUUCUUUUUGUAUAAAAUCUUACACACUUUGGCUAGUUUUAACUAUGCAGUUUUAGUACAGGAUCAAUGGGAUAAGGGACAAAUAGCUCCAGAGAAAUUUACCCGUUUUGGUUUGAAUUUCUUUAAUAGUAUGAAAUUUUGUGUACAACGUUCGGGAAUUUUAAAUCUUAUCAAAUUGGCCGAAUUGAAUCAUAUGCUAUGGAAGAAGUUGGGCAAAAGGGCACCACCCGAGAUAUGGAUUGAAACGGAAUUGGUUAAAUUUGAAAAUCAAUUGAUAACAUUUCAUUUAUUGCCCGUUUUGGUGAUAUUACGCAGUCGUGAGCGUGAGGAAGAACUAUUUGAUAAUUAUCUAAUGAAAAUUUUCGAAGUCUCCUGUGAACACACUUUACGCAUUUGUUAUUCAUUUCGUGAUAUUAUUUUACCCUCUGAGGGUACUUCUUUGGCGGCCAUAGCCGAUUUAGCUUAUAAGUCUAUACAUGGAAUUUUGUCAAUGCAAAAUAUUUUGGAACGUGAACCGGCUGUAAUGGUUUUUCAGGCUAUUAUUUAUGCUUUGAAAGAGUUUAUUGCCAAUACCAAUACGUAUGAGAAGAACAAUUGCCCCAUGGAGGGUAGGGUAGUGCCUAGUUGGUGUAAAAUUUGGAUGGGUGCUGAAUUUAUAGUGGCCAUACCAAAUGUUUUAUAUGCCUGUCUAAUAGGUCUACAAAGUCUUAUUAAACGUUAUCGUAUUUCUUGGAAAGAAAGUAUAGAAUCCACCUGUGUAGUGAAUACAGUGGCGGUUAUUUUAGAGAAUCCCAAUCUAACAGAGGGGUUGGCGGUACAAGCUUUAAAAUUGGUACAAUUGUCCAUAGAACAUUUCCUUUCGCCCAAUAUGGCUUUAUUGGUGGAUAAUUUACAAGGUUCGGGUUUAGUUUGUUUGGGUCCCAUAAUAGUAAAACGUUUUCAUGACAUUGCUUGGGAAGUAAGAGACAGUACAUUGGAAUUAACCACUUCCAUAGCUAAUAUUUCUAGAGUUAAAUUUCCUGCUUUUCAACAAUUUCUACAUGAUUAUAAAAUGUGUCCUAUUGUCUUGCAAAUGGCCAAAAAUGAUCAAGAACCUUAUGUAAGAGCCUCCGCCCUAAAGUGUCUAUCUAAAAUGGUUUUAAUCAACAUUAUAUGGGACAAUGAUUUAAAUAAUCAAGAUUUAAUUGAUCAUUUAUUCUUUGUCCUCUUCAAUGAGAGUGAGGGUAUAGUACGCAAGGAGGCCAUGAAGACAUUGGCCACCAUUUAUGAACAUCGCCGAAUUCCCUCACGCUAUAUGGACACUUUAUACUCCACCUUGGCUCAUUGUGUGAUAUACGAUUUACAUUGGGAGGUUAAAUUGGAAGCUUUGCAUUUUUGGGAACUGGAAUUCAAAAAACAAUUUACAAAUCAAGGCAUGAUUGAUGGCACCUUUCCCACCGUUACUUUUUCCAAAGAAUAUAAAAAAAUCGUAACACUUACGGAAAAGGAAAUCAAUUUAAGAAUUUUAAAAGUUUUUAAAGAAUUAUCAUUACGUGGUUGUUUGGGUGUUAUACUAAAAUGUUUACAGGAGGAAUGUGAUUUAGAGGUGAUAAAGACGGCUGUUUGUAUGGUUCAUUGUUUGUUGGAAAAAUUAAAAAAAUAUAAUUUUGAAUCUUUAGUAGAGAGUAUAGAUAAGAAUUCUUCACCUAGUAAUAGUAGUAAUAGCAAUAGUGCUCCCAACACACCAUUAACUACACCCAAUUCUCCUUUAUUUGAUAAAAAUUUGGAUUUAAAAGAUAUUUUAAAUGAAAAACCUUUGGAUACUAUCAAUGCUAACAUUGUUAAUCCUAUCCCAGCUCCUCUAACCUUAGCACAACAUGCUCAAUCCGAUGAAGUUAUCGAAUCAAUAUUAUCUUCUCAAGAUAUUAAUUUAUUGGUGGCUUCUUAUGAAUCACAAAUGCAAUUAAAUAAUGGCAAUUCAUCUACAUCCUCUACCGACAACAUACCCUCCAACAAUAGCCUAACACCCAGUGAACAAUUAAAUCCUAACAUUGAUCCAGAACUAUAUAAAGCCUAUACUGCUGUGGGCGUUAAAGAAUUUAUGCAGACUAUUAAAAGUUUAGAUUUGGAACAGUUGUUAAAAAAUCACAAUGAUUGGUUUUUAGGUUCGGAAAGUUUUAUAUCGCUUUUGGAUGACAUUAUCUUUGCGAUGAAACAAGAAGAUGAAUCUUUAUUUGCUGAUUGUUAUUAGGAAUACAAAAUAUUUAUACACCUUACACAUCUAAAUAAUUGUUUUUGUUUCUUAUUUUUUUUAAAUACGACUUUUUUUCUAAUAUUGUAAUAUAAUUUAUAUAAGUAUAUAAAUAAAUAAAAAAUAUU